UGUUCAAGUUGACAUUACGAAUUAAGCAAAACAAAAAUUCCCUUUUGUGUUUACAAUUAACAAAUACGUUUAUCCAACCAGAAUAAGUAACAAUGGAAAUUUUGAAGGCAGAAAUAGCUAGAAAACGCAAACUUCUCGAGGAUAAAAAGCUUGUGGACGAAAGCAAAAAAUACUUUAAACGAGGAGAUCUCUUGGCGAAGGAAGAAGAGGAAUAUCUGCAAAAAUACGGCCACAAGGAAGAGAACACAUCACCGCAAAAGAACACAAAUUAUGCUACGACUUCUACAAACGAAUCGGACCAACAGCUUCUACCACGACUCGAAGUCAUUAAACGAUUACGGGACCGUGGUGAAGCGAUAAUGCUCUUCGGCGAAGAUGAAUUGGAUGCAUUUCGGCGACUCCGGCACUUGGAAAUUACUCAGCCCGAAGUGAACCAUGGUUUCCGCAAUGAUUUCCAGGAAGCUAUGGACCAGGUCGACCAACAAUAUUUGGAUGAAAUUUUAGCCUGUUCCGAGGAGAUCAAACAAAACAAAUCUGACAAAGUGAACGAUGAGAUCGUCAUCGAUGAUUCGGUGACGUACGAUCAAAUUCAGGAAAUGGCCAAGAACCUGGGACGAAACAAUAAGGAUCACGAUCACAUGGUCAUCAGCACGUUCCUCGAAUUCAUUUUAAAGAUGUGGCACACUCAAGUGAAUUCUUAUUCGCAAACCGAACGAAUGUCCACUAACGUUAAAAUUGCUCGCGCCACAUGUGCACAGACAAAGGUCUAUAUGAAACCGCUACUGCGAAAACUGAAAAAGAAAACACUUCCUGAGGACAUUCUGGAUAGUUUGACCGAUAUAACGAAGCGCCUGCUGAAUCGGAAUUACAUUAAAGCCAGUGAUGCGUAUCUACAGAUGGCAAUAGGAAAUUCACCGUGGCCAAUUGGUGUUACCAUGGUUGGUAUCCAUGCUCGUACGGGACGUGAAAAGAUUUUCUCCAAAAAUGUGGCCCAUGUUAUGAAUGACGAGACACAGCGAAAAUACAUUCAAGGACUGAAACGUUUGAUGACGAAAUGCCAGGAGUACUUUCCAACUGAUCCAUCCAGAUGCGUUGAAUAUGUUAGCAAGAAAGACCAAUGUAUGUAGACGAAAGUGUAUCUCAAGUGAAUCAUGCGUUGAAUCAUAAAUCAUAUGUUAAAUCUGAAUAAAAAUCGAUUGAGAGGA